AUGUUUAAAAUAUUUGAUGCAUUUACUGGAGAAUUAAAAAGAACAUUUUCUCCAUUUGGAAAAAUGUCAACUUCAACAACAAAUAAACAAUUAAAUUUGCCUUUUGUUAAAUGGUCUUUUGAUGAAAAAUAUUUUGCUUAUUCUAGAGCUUCAAGUGAAUGUUUAAAUGUUUUUAGUUGUGAAGAUUUUAAAUUAUGUGAUGGAAAAACUGUUGAAUUGGAAGGAUUGGCUAAUUUUAGUUUUAAUUCUGCAAAGAAUAUUAUUGCUUAUUAUUGUGAAGAAAAGAUUCAACAUCCUGUUCAUUGUCAGUCAGAUUUUUAUUUUGUCGGCUGACUAAUUUUUUUGGGUCUUAUAACAGUUGGGGCUGUCUAAUGAAGUCGUAACUAGUAAAGUAGUCAAAGCGACUUUAUUGUGGUGUUACUCGUCGCACCCCGCCGAAUGUGUAGAAUCAACCAAAUUAGAGGAAGUAUAACUUCCAUAAAUUUUGAUUAAAAUCCUGUGGCUUUAGAGUCGCUGUGGAAUAGAAUGGACGGGUUGAGAAAAAAAGUCGGGUCUUCAAAAUUUUCUUCGGAUCGGUUAUCGGGUCGGAAAUGUCUGGAUUUCGGGUAACCCGUCCCAUCCCUACUGUGAAUUGGGAGUAGAGACCAAACCGAGACGAAAUUCGAACCUCUAAUUAGGAAUAUUCGUC